AUGUCAAUUUCCAAAUCAGGUGAUUUGAAGAAGCGAUUCGGUGACUGGGCAGUAGUGACAGGAGCAACAGAUGGUAUUGGAAAAGAAUAUGCCAAAGAAUUUGCAAAAAGAGAUAUGAAUCUUAUUCUAAUUAGUAGAUCAAUGGAAAAACUAUGCAAGACCAAGGAUGAAUUACAAUUGCUCAAUUUCAAUAUUCGUAUUAAAGUCAUUGAAGUUGACUUUAGCAGAGGAAAAUUCGAAUAUGAAAAAAUUCGCAAUCAACUGAAAGAUAUCCCUGUUGGAAUAUUGAUAAACAAUGUUGGGGCACUCUCUGAAUAUCCAAUGUAUUUUGGAGAAACUUCUGAAAGUAACUUGUGGGAAAUGAUUAACGUUAAUAUUGGUGCACCGACGUUUAUGACUCAUUUAAUUAUCGAAGACAUGAAGACAAGGAAAAAAGGUGCUAUUGUCAAUAUCUGUUCGAGUUUGGAUACGUACCCUUCGCCUUUAUUAAGCGUUUACGCAGCAACUAAGACAUACGUUCGAUAUUUUACGGAUGCAUUACGUGAAGAAUAUUCUAAAUAUGGAAUUAUGAUACAAAGACUUUCGCCUUACUAUGUAAACACAAAAAUGGUUGCUUAUUGCCAGCUAGUUAAGAAAUCUUCAACACUUUUUCCUACUGCUGCAACUUAUGUAAAAAAUGCUAUCGAAAUUAUAGGAAAAUUGAAUUCUGGGAGCGGUUAUUGGAUCCAUGACGUGAUUAAAUUCUUUGUAUCAUUUCUUCCAAUGGUUUUGAAGAAAAAAAUUAUUUUUGCUCACACAAAUGCUGAAAGAAACGCCUAUUUGAAAUUGCUGCAAUCGAAAGUAAUUGAAGAGUAGACACUUCCCUGUACGACUUCUUGACAAAAUUGUGAUUGGCAUCGCGUCAAGCUAAGAAUAUCAAUAUUGACUUCUAAUACAAUUUUUAAUAAUUUUCGUGAUGUAGAU